AUGAUACUCAAGGCUUCUGAGGGGGUCCCGUCUGUGCACUUGUCUGUGGAAACUACUAUCAACAUAUAUCCGCCAGCAACUGAUGUCAUAAGACUAAGUCUUGAGAUCCUCAAUUUUCUGAAAGAGAAUGAUUUGGACGCCCAUGAACUCCUAAAACUUCCUGCUGUUCGUCUGCGGGUUGUCGAUGAUACCCGACCUUUGAGAGAUUACUUUGUUUCCUCUUCCCAUAACACGUAUCUACUCGCAUGGCAGGUCCUGGGUCGUGCAUCUUCCGAGUGCUACACACAUGUUCUCUCCAAGAACGCACGUUGCGUCGAGAUCGAUGUUUGGUGGUCUUCCAUAGGUCCGAUUGUCACCCACGGACAUACGCUCAGUCGAAGUGUUACGUUCAAGGCAGUCUGCGAGGCUAUUGGCGAAGCAAUCUACGACCACGACUGGCCUGUUAUUAUCAGUCUAGAGUGCCACGUGCCCAUAGUCCACCAAGACGAACUCGUGGAUAUCAUGAAAGAUACUUGGGGAGAUAGGUUGGUGCAGGAGCCAUUGGAAGGAGUCGGCGGUGAUACCAUAUCUCCAAGGGAUCUGAAAGGAAAAAUAUUACUUAUGGUGGAGUAUUAUCCGGACGCACAUUGCGAGGAGAUCAGCGCAGAUUCUGAGGCAUUGGAUCGUGAUUCAUGUGCGGGCACCGAGCGUGAUGAGGUUUCCGAACUUCAUUAUGAAAUCGACCCUGUACUUAAGAUGGCCAAUCAUGCCCAUGCCAAGAUUGCAGAUUCGCUGGCCGACUUGGGUUUUUACGCAAGAAGUAUGAAACCGGGCAAACACUGGCUUACUGAAGAGUUACAAAGUCCCCCAUAUCCUCCCAAUAUCCUGAUGAACAUCAGCGAAUCUUGCAUUCUAUCUAUGCUCCCGCAUUUGCUAUCAGAGUUGAUCGAACAUUCCCUGCGUCGAAUUCGACGCAUCUACCCUCGUGGUGUGCGUUUGAGCUCGAGUAAUCUUGACCCGUUGAAGCAAUGGCGCAACGGCUCCCAGAUUGUGUGUCUCAAUUGGCAGAACUUCGACUACGGUAUGCAGCUUAAUGAAGCCAUGUUUGCCGGGACUCCUGGCUGGGUUGAGAGGCCAAGCCAUUUGAUAGGAGCCAAACGCAAUGUGAAGUUGAUAUGCAACAUUAUCGGAAUCAGUUCUUUGCCUCGCCCAAAAGAACACACGGAAUUUACACCAUAUGUUCACGCGGAGCUUUUUAAUUAUUCGAGAAAUCAAGAUUGGCAGUCUGAGCAUAUUAAGUGCAAAGAUGUUCCAGAAGAUGGCGCAGACGUUAUGUGGAAUGACGGUUUUGAAUGGGAAUUUGAGGAAGAUGACUUGACGUUUAUCCGUCUGCGUAUCCUUUGCCAUAAGGGACUCUCAAGGGAUCAAGAAAUGUUGGUUUUCUGUGCUCGUCUCCACGACCUUGAGAAGGGCUGGAGGUUCAUUCACCUACUAUCGAUGGACGGGAGAUGCACUGGGGCAACACUGCUAGUUCGAUUUACAAUGAUUUACAACCAGUGA